AUGGCAAAACUAUCUGUAGUUUUGCUGGUCGUUUCCUUAGUGGGCGUCGUGCAAUGGGCUAAAACUACUAAUGCGGAGGGUUGGGCUAGAAGACUUGAAGCUGAAAAGGAGAAUGUAACCAACCUCCAAUUCUACUUCCAUGACAUAGUUAGUGGCAAAAAUCCUACAGCUAUUAAAGUUGCUCAACCAAGUGAAAACAAAUCUGCCACCCUCUUCGGUUCUAUCAUGAUGGCUGAUGAUCCCUUGACUGAAGGGCCUGAUCCAAACUCAAAGCCUGUCGGGCGAGCCCAAGGGAUGUAUGGGUCAGCAGGGCAGAAUGAAUUGGCCUUGAUCAUGGCCAUGAACUUUGCUUUCACUGAUGGUAUCUAUAAUGGUAGCUGCAUCAGCCUCCUUGGCAAGAAUCCGGCAAUGAAUCCUGUUCGUGAGAUGCCGAUUGUUGGCGGGACCGGCCUUUUCCGGCUGGCGCGUGGUUAUGCUAUUGCACAAACCUAUUGGCUUGAUAUUGCCACUGGUGAUGCCAUAGUUGGCUACAAUGUUACAGUAGUUCACUGA